AUGACGCGGCUGACAGGAGGAGAAGUCACCGGGAGGCAGCGAUUGGUUUUGGGGUCUGGAGAGUGGCAUCCCAGCUGGGGAGCCUUGGUGCUGGGCUUUGGAUUGGGAGCGGAAGAGCUGACCAUGGCUUCUGAGACAGCACAAGCACAGGACAAGGGCCUGACCCUCGGGGGCUAUCUUGACCUAACCAGCGCACACAGGCUACAUGCCCCUCGGGAAUCUCAGAUAAAACAGUCAUCACCAAGCAAGAUAACUUGUCUGAGCGCAUUCCAGCAUCAUGUCCCUUCCCUGCGGCGCUGCGAGGCAUGCUGUGUCUUCUCUCUGGGACCUCCAGAACCCUACAGAAAUAAUGGACAUCUUACCACAUUAAUUAAUGCCUUAGCAGCUGAUUGGCAUGGAUUUUUAAAGAGGCUAGUGUUUGCUUUAUGUGGGAAGUUGAAAUACCUCUGGAAUCUCUUUUUGAUUUAUGAUUCUAUGAAUAAGAGUGAUAAGGAGAUGGAUGUCCAGAACUCGAAAAUAAUAAAGGAAAUAAUACAGAUAAGUGGUGUGAUGGACAGCUUGGGUAUUAAUAUUAUGAAGCUGGAUAACAUUAAGAUGAAUGAGGAAGAUGCUAUAAAAUUGGCGGAAGGUCUGACAAACCUGAAGAAGUUGUGUUUACUCCAUUUGACCCACUUGUCUGACACUGGAGAGGGAAUGGAUUGCAUGGUCAAGUCUCUAUCAGCCAAACCCUGUGACCUUGAAGAAAUCCAAUUAGUCUCCUGUUGCCUGUCUGCAAAUGCCAUGAAAACCCUAGGUAAGUUGUCUGAACUAACUGAACAAAAACAGUUUUUUCUUUACCUGGUGCAUUUUUUGAGAAGCACUCUGAAAAACUUCCAGCAGCUGGAUUUGGCAGGCAACUGUGUGAGCAAUGAUGGAUGGCUUGCCUUCAUGGACGUAUUUGAAAAUCUUCAACAGUUAGUGUUUUUUGACUUCAGCACUAAAGGAUUUUUACCCAAUGCAGCAUUAGUCAGAAAACUUGGCCAUGUGUUAUCCAAGUUAACUUUUUUGCAAGAAGCUAGGCUCAUUGGGUGGCAAUUUGAUGAUGAAGAUCUCAUUGUUAUUAAAGGUAAUUUUAAACUAGUAACUGCUUAAAUAAAGGGUGCUCUAAGCCAACAAAUGCUCUGGGGGCCUCAUUACUUUCAUUCUAGUGA